AUGGCGCUGUCUGUCUUGUCAGUGCACCUUCACUGGCCCGUGUUCUUCGUCUCCGUCCGAGUGCCCCUGUCAACGCCCUCGUACCUUUGACUGCCGCUUGGUCACCCAUUGCGCCCAAGGCCGCCCUUUCGCCUUUGCUUCCGCGCCAGCCUGCUCAACUCAUGCUCGCGCGCCGCCGCCCUCACGCCCGGACUUAGUCAGCCCGCAUUCUACAGCUUUGCCGAGUCGAUGCUUCCGCCCAGCUACCUCCAGUUCGCCGCCGCCGCUCUCAUGAUUCAUUGGCCAUCCAGAGCAUCGCCCAUGCAUGACGUCCGUCGUUUGCAACCUGGAUCUCGUCGCUGCGGAUCGCCUCGCUCAUCAACACUUGACCUUGUGGAUAAGUUUCCCUUCGUGCCGUCGUCCAACACGACACCUCUCGACGCCCUGAUGGCCCGCUUGGAGUCUGGUCCUUGAAGCUUUGCAUUGUGUGCCUGCCCAGUUAGAUUCUCUGUGCGCUCCCUUGCUAGAACCUCGCCCGACUCGCGCGCUCCCGCGCCUCUUUCCCUUUUCUCUAUCAUUUCAUCUCAUCAUUCAGACUGCUGAGAUUCGUUAGAGAACAGAUCGCUCGGCUGCGCCGCGGCUGCCUCUCCAGGCCGCGUCUUCACCGCCUCGCGACUUCUCGACCGGGGGGCACUUUGCUACGUCGUCCUGCCUCGCAACCUCCCGAAACGAUCCGGUCCGUGCCGCCUCACGAUUCUCCAGCGACCCCCCCGGUCCCAACUUAACAGGUUAUGA